AUGGAAUCCAACAACAAAGAGAACAUUGCUUCCGAUUUGCUCAAAGCACAAACUCACAUAUGGAAUCAUAUUUUCAACUUCAUCAAUUCCAUGUCACUUAAAUGUGUUGUUGAUUUAGGUAUACCAGAUAUCAUACACAACUAUGGUCAACCCAUGUCACUUUCAAAACUCAUUUCUUCACUAUCAAUUGAUCCUUCGAAACAACCUUACAUCUAUCGUUUGAUGCGAAUCAUGACUCAUUCUGGCUUUUUCUCUCAACAAAAUGUUACCGAUAAUGAGUUAGAAAUAGAGUAUAUGCUAACGGGUGUAUCUAGAUUAUUACUUAAGGGUAAUCCGAUGAGUGUGACACCGUUUGUGCAGGCGAUGCUUGAUUCAGUUUUGACAAAUCCAUUUCAUCAAUUGUCCACUUGGUUUAAAAAUGAGGAUUCUUCAGCAUUUGAAACUACCCAUGGGAAGCUUUUUUGGGAAUAUAUUGCUCAUGACCCAAUAUUUAACCGUUUAUUCAAUGAGUCCAUGGCAAGUGAUGCUCGAUUAGUGAGUAAUCUAUUGAUUGAGAAUUGUAAGGAUGUGUUCAAUGGAUUGGAGUCAUUAGUUGAUGUUGGAGGGGGCACAGGGACUAUGGCAAAGGCUCUUGCCAAAUCGUUCCCACAAUUAGAAUGCAUUGUGUUUGAUCUCCCACAUGUUGUUGAUGGCUUGCAAGGAAGUCAUAACCUAAACUAUGUUGGUGGAGAUAUGUUUCAAGAAAUUCCUCAAACAAAUGCCAUUUUAUUAAAGUGGAUCUUACAUUCUUUAAAUGACGAGAAAUGUGUGAAGAUAUUGAAGAAGUGCAAGGAAUCGCUGAAAAAGAAAGAUAAAAAAGGGAAGGUGAUUAUCAUAGAUAUGGUGUUGGAAAAUGAAAAUGAAAAUAUUAAUGAAGUAGUUGAAACACAACUCUUCUUUGAUAUGUUGAUGAUGGUAAAUCCCGCUGGAAAAGAGAGAAAUAAGAAAGAAUGGAUUAAGUUGAUUUUAUCGGCUGGUUUUAGUGAUUAUAAAAUUACCCCAAUUUUAGGUUUAAGAUCCAUAAUUGAGGUCUAUCCGUAA